GGAGGGGUUUCGACGGAACGGAGAAGGCACCCCUGAACAGCGGGAGAGCGGCUCAGUGCAUCAUCCACAAGGCUUGGGAUGAGCUUUGUGACUGCCUGUUGUUGUUGUUUUUGCUCCGGCCUCUGACCUGGAUGAAUUGGAGGAAUCCCGCCUCCUCGCCCACCACCCCCCGGUCCCAGCCUCCCGGUUUCUGGGUUAACCAGCUGAACCACAACAUUCUCCUGCGGCCAACGAUCCUCUUCCAUUUGCCAUUUUGCGUCACCACCAAAUCUUUGACUUGGGGCAGGCAAGCUGCGCUCAUCGCCGCCCGCCAUAUUUUGCAUUUUAUUUUCGUCGUCGGUUUAUUUCCAUUUGGUGAUUGCAUCGACAAUCCCACCGUUCCGCUUGGCUGGUCAAACCAGCGAAGCCAGCCAGCUUGUCAUCGAACAAUCGCAACUGCCAGCACAACACCAUGGCGCCUGCAAUUAUCAACAACCUCCUCGGCCGAUCCGAUGUCGCAUCACUCGGUCCCCUGGCAGCGCGCGCAGUACUGCUCGGCCGAGACCCGUCUGAGCAACAUCACGACCCGGACGAGGGCGCGCUGCAUCCCCAGGAUAUCAACAAUAAUGCUGUCUUUGCCGUUUUUGCCCUUCUCGGCGUCGCCUUUGUCCUAGUCGGCAUCUGGUUCUUCUUUUGGGCGAAGAACGGUGGCUUCUAUUUCAAGGAAAAUGAUUGGGACGACUACAAAUCCACAGUCCUCCGGCGCAAGGGCCCUAACGGCACCAUUUAUUCCGAUGCGACACCGAGUACUAUCCUCGGCGGCGGUAGUGUUUACAAGGACGUCGACGAUCACACGACUACAACAGGUGACGACCUGACCACCGUAGUAAGCGCGACUACGGGCAUUACUGGUAUCACUGGCGGCGUCUCGGACUUCUCUGGCCGUGAAAAGCGUCGCAAGAAGCGCGAGCAAAAGGAGCGCGAGAAGGAACGCCGCCGUGAGGAGAAGGCCCGCGAGAAGGAAGAGCGCAAGAAAGCCCGCCGCAAGGUUGAUGGUGGUGUCAUCGUCGACGAGGAUGCCGAGGCCGAAGCACAGGAACACCUACGCAACUACCGCCAUGAGAAGUCUGCCCGUGUGGGCGGUAUUAACCGCGACGCGGAUGGUUCCAACUGGGACGGCUCCACGAACCCGAGUUGGUCAACCAUGAGCCCCAGUCACGCCGACGGCGCUACCGACACAGGCAGCACUGUAACAUCCGAGCUAAUUAACAACCGCGAACGCACCCCCACUACCACGCCCACCAAGAAGGAUGCUAGCGAGCGCCCCGGAGGCCGCAUCCGCAAGGUCUACUCUACGGCCGACAAGAACGCGACGCGCGAAAACGAGCGCAUCCGCGCCGAGGCCCGCCGUCUGCAAGAGAAGGGCCGCGCGGCGGCAGCGGCCUCGUCGAGGGUCAAGCGCGACUUCAGCUUCACCCACGGUGCCGACGAGACCAUGGCGCUGCGGAGCAUCGAGGAGGCGCCCGCCGAGACCGUCGUCAGCGGGUCGUACGCCUCGGAGAGCACCAACGACCACGCCGCGAGGGAGAAGCGCACCCGCUCUCGCUCGCGCGCGCGCCCUAGGAGCGGCGCUCCUCCUCCCGCCUCCACGGCCCCGACCGAGGACUCGCGCGGCGUCCCGGGCAGCUGGGUCGAGAGCGAGGUCGGCGCCCCGAGCGACGCCGGCACCAAGGUCUACACCCACUCCCACCACAUCCCCACCGGUAGCUCGGUGACGGGCACGUCGGUCAGUGACUACGCGUAUGCCGAGGACAAGAGGAAGAAGAGGGGUGGUGCGGGGGCGAGGAGGAACCGGGAUAGUGCUGCGUGAGCACGUGUUCGGGGGGCGGGUUUAUGGUGUGAAGAUGGUUGAUGACAUGCAGGGUUGCGGGCUGACGACGGGAUGUGAAUGGCACGGAACGAAGGGUUAUCAUUAUUAUGUGGGCGUUUGUGGCAACGGCCAGUUGUGCUUGGGUGGAUCAUGUCGGCCAAGGAUUUCUCAUGUAGAGUAUGAUACGGAUAAGCGAGCUGGACGGCGGAUGGCUUGAUUGAUUUAGCUACGGUACAAAUCACAUAUAUUUCUCAUGUC